AUGGGAGGUUCUGCUUUCACCUCUGGGGAUGACCCCCUAGACACACCGCGAAUGCCUGCCAAAGUAUACGAACGAGCCAAGGCCGAUUGCUUUGCUGCAUUGCGAGAGUUGUUCCUCUGUGUAGCCAGCCCUAUUGAAGGCCCCGAAAAACAAGACUAUGGCGACAUUGACAUCCUUGUCAUCUGGGAGAGGGCGCCUUUCGUCGGGAAAUGCGGUGGGGAGUCAGCACCGGAGCCAGUGUCUAGACGACAAGAAGAACGGGAAACUGACGAAGAGUGGUUCGAGAUGGUCAAUGACGAGAAAGAUGGACAAGAGAGAACACCAGGCCAUUCGAUAAUGUCUAAAGAGGAGGCACGCAAGGCCAUCUUUGCCGCCCUCGGCGCCAAACGCGCAAUCUACAACAAUGUCGGUGACAACUAUGCCAUCCCGUGGCCGGUGACAGAGACUGAGGCGGAGGCUAGCAACGAGCCAAAAAGAUAUAUUCAGGUCGACUUGAUCAUCUGCAACUCGCUACAGCAACUACAAUGGAUCUUGUUCAAGCAUGCCCACGGCGAUCUUUGGAGUAUUUUGCAGACCAUCAUCCAGCCACGCGGGCUGACCGUCGACGAUUACUCCAUGUCACUACGGAACAACAACAUUGAACGAUUCGAGAGAUACAGCAAGAAGUGGCCCAAGGUGCAUCUCUCGAGGGAUCCUGCCGAGGUCCUCGUCUUCUUGGGCCUCGAUGUUGCACGAUUUUCAGAGCCAUUUGCUACUCGAGUUGAGAUGUACGAGUACAUUGCAAGCUGUCGUCUUUUUUGCAUCGAAACAGACCAUGGUCGGUACAAUAACCCCGACGCGACCAACCCGAAGAUGGUCAUGGAGCCAAAGAAACUAGAGGACAUGGGCAAUAUGGACGUCGAUAGCGUGGAGGGGCCCGCGAGGAAGAAGUUGAAGGGCAAGAACAAACAGCGCUUGCUGAAGCGGCCCGCCUUCCGCGAUUGGUUUGAGGAAUUCCUCCCUCGCUGCCGAGCCGAAGGCCGUUACGCCGACCGCCCUCAGCUGUUCACGUCAGACGUUCACGAAGAAGCUUUUGCCCGCUGGGGGAAGUUCGGACCGUGGUUCUGGCGUCUUCAUAUGGAUCUCAUGAGAAGUCUUGGCGAGGAAAGGGUUCGUGCGAAGAUCAAGGAAGUCGUCCAAAGCCUGGUCCCCGGCACCGACGCCAAGGACAGCCAAUACCGCGGCUUGUUGAACAAGGCCUUUAAGAAAAUUAUCCUCGACGGAGACCCGACGUACGGCGUCACUCCAGAGGAAAAUUUCAGGGACGGCAUGGGUCAGAUGAUUAAGGACCAGCCCGAGAAGUUCAUCCUCAAACACCACGAAGAGGUCGGGCAGACUGCUGUGGCUGAGCAUGAGCGGAAGUACGAGGAGCAUCGACGGAUGAGGGAGGAGAAGAAGAGCAAGAGCAACCUCUGA